AUGUACUCCCUAUGGAAGGAAGUCAGCGAGCAGAUAAAAAAAAAAGCGGAAGAUUUAAAUAACAGCCUUCAAGAAUUUAACUCUAAUGGUAAUCAUCCUUUAGAGGGUUCCUCCAAUGAAGGUAACGGGAAAAGGCAGGAGGGAGGGACCACACAGGUUUCCCCAGACACGAGCCUAAAGAAUUGCAUACAGGAAAAAUUUCACAUCAUAAAUGAUAAAUACAUUAAUGGGAAGGAUUUCCCGGAGCUACACUAUUACAAUGAAAAACUUCUAAGUGGCUUUAACAGCUUUAAGAGGAUUGUGGGGGAUAUUUAUAAGGACAAGCUGAGCAGUGGGAGUGAUGGCGUCCUUCGCUGUGAUGGCGAUGUUGGCCACUCGCAGGGGCAAAAGUUCUACCUGUCCAAAAUCGUACCCUGGAAAAAAGGGGACAUUAUGAUUUCCAAAAUUUACAGAAAAAAAUAUCAAGAAGGAUUUCCAAUCAAUUUGCCUGACCCAAAUUUAAAUUCCUAUGUAUAUAAAAAAAUUUUAAAAUUAAAUGUGGAUCGAAAUAAAAUUUUACACACAAAUAUUUUACAAAAUUAUAACUUCAAUUGGAGCAAGAAAAAGGAACAGAGUGAAAAGAUAAUGAUGGAGGACCCAAACUUGGAACAGACCAAAAGAUUUCUCGUGCCCUUUCACAUGUCUGAGCUGGAUUUCUGGAGGUCCUACUUUUUCAACAUUGAUAUUAUAUAUAACGAAAUUGCCGACGAUAUAUACGAGAGUAGGAAGAAUUUUCCUGACUCUGAUGGGCCACUGCACUUUGUGCCCCUUCCAUGUGAUGGCGGAGGGGAGCAUGGGCAGUCCCCCAUUUCAGCGGCGACGUCAAAUGUGGCCACGUCCCAUGCGGUGACACCGCCUGAGGCAGCCAACCAGGGGACCCCUCCUCCCACGAAUGGGAAAGAAACCACGGUGGACGAAACAUCAGGAGGGGGGCAAUUAACGAAAAAGUUGGACUUCCCACCGUUGGAGCAGCCUGCCCAAGAGGAGACACCGAAGGAGUGGGAGAAACACAAAGAGAACUCCAAACAGGUAUAUCAAACAAAAGAGUAUAAGGAAGAAACAGUCGCAGCGGAAAUGCAUGGCACCUCCAAUUUAGCGAGUUUCCCAAGUUUGAAUCGCUCAGAUUGGCUGACUCCCUCAGAAGAGUCAACAGAGAAAAGAGGGGUGGCCCUUGCAACAGCUACCGAUGGGGACACACCCGAUUGUAACUCUGCAUCCGAACCGCGAAGCAAAAUUGAUUCGAUCACACCGAAGGAUGACACUUGUUCAAUGACAAAAACUCAAAUUAAUGGACUCAACAUUUAUAUGGAUAAUGAUAUCUUCGUAAACCUUCGAGACAAAUCGGAAGCGUUCGGCCCCCUCUUGGCGGACACGAAGAAACACAAGGAGAAAAUUAAAAGGGAGGAGGAGUGUGCAGGAGGUUACUCCAAUGUAGACUUGGUUGACCACUCGUUAGAGGCGUCAUUUGAGGGAACGUCUAAUGAAAAGGAUGAUGUAACAGUGGAAGGUAGUGUUGCCAUGAAUAGGAGAAGGGGGGACACUAUUCAAGUGGAUAGUCACGCAGAGGAGGACAGUCCUCUUCAAACGCACCAAUCGAUUAAUGAUCAGCUAGACCCUUUAACCAUUUCAAAGUGCAAUAUAAAAUUUUUGGACCUUAUUGAAGAGCAAAAUGACAAGGCUUAUAGUUUGGGGAAGCAACACGAUGGGGAAGCUUUUUACACGUCUCGCGAUAAGGUGGAGCGUGUGACAGUUGAGGAGGGCGAAGGAGAGGGUGAUACAUGGAAUGGCCCAGGCGAUACCGCUGUGCCUAGUGAACAGUUGGGUAAGGAGGAAGAGGAAGAUAAUGAGCAUGUAGAGGGGUACCACGAACAGGAGGAAGCAGGGGAAAUGCAAAAAGCUUCCAUCCAUGACAACCUGAAUGAAGCUGAAACGAAGGAAGAACUGGACGAUGACCCAAAUGUCGCGCAGGAUCUACCUCGUACCCAUCAUGAGGGUGAAUCAAACGGGAGUAAACUAUUGUGUAGCAACGAAGGGGGAGACGAAGCAUCCCUACAUGAUAACUUCAAACAUGAUCAUUCCAUGUUUGUCGAUCUGAAUCAGUCCAACACGUUGAAUGAAGAGAGAAGGAAAAGGAAUGAAAAUGUAGACCCCAUGAUAAAUGUUACAAAAAAUUAUGACCCAGUUGAGGAGCAAAACGACGUCACCGUUGGGGUAAAACCAGAAGGUGAAUCACCCAGGAGUGAAAAGGGAGACACGAAAAAGUCACAAAAAGAAUGCGAUUUGUACCUUGAUGAGUUGAAUUUCUCGGAUGUACUUGAAUUUGACAUCGAUUCAAAUAAGUUCAACGCAGAAGAGUUGGAACAGUUUGAACAGGACCUCCUGAAUGCGUAG